AUGACUCCCCACAGUGACCCGUUAAGUAGUAGUAGUAGUAGUAAAAGGAGUAUUGAACGUAAGCAACGCAAUACUUCCACUUCUUCGACCAUGACGAACGAAUCCUACUCCAUCUCUCUCUCUGUAGGGCCUCUGUGGUGGGGUGAUGUCACCAACCACCACAGAACUGAUCACGAUAGGGCAUCUCUACUAAACGAAAUCAAUCGCAAAACAUCACUAGAUUCAACAAGUUCAUCACAAUUCUCCGAUAUUGAUUUUUCUGAAACUUACGACGAAAUUGCUGCACCAUCGGCUGCAAAGAAUGACGGUCAUGCUGCUGUAUCAAUGUCCGAAGAUGACUGCGACGAAGUUGUGAAACGUAUUUUACAUCAAAAAAAACCAAUUCGCAUAACAUUAAAGUUGCAUGUCACCGAAGCAACAUACAGCGUUUGGGAAACCGUUUUAAAUCCCGAAAAUAAUAUUUUAUAUGUUGCAUUACCAACGGUUCUCUUGCCCGAAGCAUCCAAGCAAUCAUUCAUCACAUUGCUGGAAUUUGCCGAAGAGAAAUUAGAUGUUGACGCCGUUGUGUUGUGCAUGCGCAAAGAUCGCGCCGAUCGUCCGAAUUUGGUACGAACAUUCUUGUUUCUUGGCUUUCAACCAUUGUCGCCAAAAUCUCAAUUGGCACCACCACAAAGCGGAUCCGAGAACAAUCUUUUCCUCAUCUAUAAAAUCGAAGACGAUUAAAUCAACAGCCAUCAUCGAGAUAUCAACAUUACCAAAGCAACAACAACAGCAACAACAAAUAACAACAUCAUCACCAGAAAACGUCGGAGCUAGCGUGUUUUCGGCUGCCUUUAACAUCUUCUGCAACACCGAAAUUUACGCAGAAAGAAAAAGAAAAAAAAAAACAAACAAUUUAUCAACAUAUUUAAUUGAACUUGUAAACUUUACACACACACACAAUUUCAUACACAUACACACUCUUCAAUCACAUUUUAUCCACAAAUUACAGCACAUUUAAAGAGAUAAACAACAACAAAAUUAUUGAAUCUAGACAAUUUGCGAUUUAUGAUAUGAAAACAAAAAUUGACAUCAUGAAGAUACAACUUUAUUGAAUAACUAACAUCAUUAGUAGAGUAAUGCCCUUGAAAAUGACCAAAAUGACAAAUUUUGGAAAAAAAAUACCAAAAAAAAUUUAAGAAAAAUGUUCAAGAAAACGUGGCAACAAAAAAAUUUAUAAAACGUGGCAAAAAAAAUAAUAAAAAAAAAACAUGUAUAUAAAAAAUGAGAGAAUAGAAAAAAAAAUUGUUUAUUACAUAUAUUAUAUAAAUACCAGAGUGUAAAAUCGGACCCAGCGUAUUUUUGUUCAAUUUCAAAACACUCUUUCUAUUAUUUUUUUUCUUCAAACAUAUUUGUGUUUUGAAUAAGCUGGACAACAUUCGACGCUCGAUUGAAAAAUAUAUCGAUUGGUGAAUAGAACAACAACAACAAGAAGAAAAAUAAUCAUUCAAUUCAGUUGUGUUGCUUUCCGCAUCAUAUAGAUCAUAUAGUAUUCUGUGAAAUGGACGGCAUCCUUCGGAAGAGGAAAUGAAUCCGGUUUUUUUUUUCUAAAGAGGAAAAGAAAUGGGUGCAUAGCAUGGCGAGAAAAUUUGAAACGCAUACGAGCUUUUCAUUUCAAAAAAUUUUGUGAUAGAAAUUUUUUUAUUUUUUUUUCCUUUAGCUUAUUAAUCAAACUCUCUGGGUUUUUUUUUUAAUUCGGAUCGAACACAAAACAAGCAACCAUCUUUGUCUAUUUUUGCCAAUCGAUGUGUUUUCUUUUCCUUUUUUCUCCAUUUUAUUUUUUAUUUUGUCUUUUUUUUCGAUUCAUUAUUAUUAUAUUUUUUAACGAAGCAAAACAACAACAAAAAUUGAUACCUCUUUUAUCGAGUAUUAUUUUAUACCGAGAAUGAGGCAUAGGUUUAAUAUUCAGCUUUGCGAUGUCUCUAACAUUUUAUCCAUAUUAUCAAAGUUGUAACAAUUUAAAGAGAAAAACAAACACAAUUAGCGAUUAGACGACAGCAAACUAUAUUGUUAAACGAAAUGCUUGAGUGACAGUCAAGUCAUAUUCGAUUAAAGAAGUAAAAAAAAAAAACAAAGAAAACCUAUGUAUCCUUAUACCUUAAAACAACCCACAAAUAAACACAAUUCAAAUAAAAA